ACUAGUUGAUGUGAAUUGAAAGGUUAUUUUUACUACUAAAUGUUGUAUAUAAACCGAAAGAGGCACACGAUUUCUACACAAUCGAUACGAAUCUUGUUCGAUUGAUCGCAUAGCGAGAUGAGUAAAGAUGUGGGUAUGAGCGGAUUCUUUAACCGUGGGAAGCCAUUUUUCGGUGUUAUUUUCUUGCAGUUUGGGUUCGCGGGAAUGGACAUCCUCUCAAAAGCCGCGUUGAAUGAAGGGAUGAGCAAUUACGUAUUUGUUGUUUAUCGCCAUGCUGUUGCCACCGUCGUCAUGACCCCUUUCGCCAUUGUUUUCGACAAGAAAACGAGGCCAAAGAUGACACGCUCGAUCUUCAUUAAGCUUAUGAUUCUUGCGUUACUCGAGCCGGUUAUCGAUCAGAACCUUUAUUUCAUGGGACUGAAAGCGACAACAGCGACAUUUGCAGCCGCGAUGUGCAAUAUUCUUCCUGCAAUAACUUUUGUGAUGGCCUGUGUUCUAAGGCUCGAGAAGCUAAACCUGAAAAACAUUCGAAGCCAAGCGAAGGUAAUCGGGACCGUAACAACUCUAGCAGGAGCCAUGAUGAUGACCCUUAUGAAAGGCCCAGUUUUAGAGCUAUUUUGGACAAAAGGAAGAACAGACCAUCAAUCUCAUGUAAACAGUACUGGGGUAGAUGUAGAUCUCCAUAAUUCUCUUAUGGGUGCUUUUAUGAUCACAGUUGGAUGCUUCAGCUGGUCUGCUUUUAUGGUUCUGCAAGCAAUUACGCUACAGUCUUAUCCUGUCGAGCUUUCUCUAACCGCUUGGAUAUGCUUGUUGGGAACAGCUGAGGGAGCGAUAGUGGCGUUAAUUAUGGAGAGGGGAAACCCCGCAGCCUGGGCUAUAAGCUGGGAUUUGUCACUAGUAACAAUUCUCUACAGUGGCAUAAUAUGUUCUGGUCUAACAUAUUACAUCCAAGGAUUAAUAAUGAAAGUUAGAGGUCCUGUUUUUGUGACUGCUUUUAGUCCAAUGUGCAUGAUCAUUGUAGCUGUGCUGGGCUCCAUUAUUCUAGCUGAGCAAAUGUACCUUGCAAGGGUUAUCGGAGCGAUUGUGAUAGUUACAGGGCUUUAUCUUGUUGUGUGGGGUAAAAACAAGGAUGAUAAGAUUCCAUCAGAGCAAAUGGUAGCAGAAAAACAAAUAAUGGAGAAAGAACUUGAAGAAAAUUGUUAUGAUAAGGUCAUCACCAUCCAAGCAUCAGAUGGAGUUGCUCCUGUAAUCAAUGGAGUUCCUCGUGAUCGCAAUCAGAGCUAAAGAUGCAUCUCGUGCUCCGAUCGCUCGUGUAUGUCUGAUUAAGUGUAUGUAAACUCAAAUAUGAUUCGGAGUAUGUCGUAUGAUGAUGCAUGAAAUAAAAUGUCAUACGUAGACGAA